GUAUUAGUACCGCGGGAGUGGACGAGAGACGGAGAGAGAGUGUGAGAGAGAGAGAGAGGUCGGUUUCCUCUGCGGCGAGCGAGAGUACUGCGAAAGGCCUCCGAAGAGAAUAGUACCCGACAUCGGCGGUACCCGAACCGCGUACUGGUAGUACCCCGUUUUUUUAUACAUAGUGUGCGUGGUUUUUUUUUGUGUUUUGUGUUGUGCGUACAAAGGAUAGUUUUGAGUGGAAGUUUUCAGUGGUACCCGGAAGUACUCGGGAUAAAACUGGACCACAAAAUGGACACCACCAGGAGCCCUGACGCAAACGACGAAGAAAGAAACGAAGCCGCAUCAGACGAAGACAACAAAGACAACAACGCCAACACGUCAGAACUCGUCAUAUUCGUCGACAGGCCCAUCAACGUGAAGAACAAAGACAGAAGCGAUUCGUUGAGAAACAACAGCCUCAAGCUACCCCACUAUCUACCGAUGACCAAUCUCACCGAGACCACCAAGCACUACAUCAUCAUCGACGAGAAGGGCAAAGGCAGGGAGCACCAGCAGCAGCAGCACCAGAAGGGGCGUCGCGACGGCGCCGACAAUCCGGCCUUCGUCGACGACGACGACAGGCCGCGGGAGGCGGCGGGCGGCGGGCACGCGGAGGCGGCCAAUCUGGAGCUGAUCAACCUGAAGCCGGAGCACCAUCUCAACGGCGGCCGGAGCUCCUCGGAGACGACCAACACCUCGAGCAAUUCCACUGGAAUACCCGCCAAGGGGGACGAGGAGGCGGCCAAGAGCCGGUACGACGAGUACUUCGUGCCCGUCAACGAGUACAGGAAGUGCAUGAGAGGAGAGAAACUGUAUCUGACGAAAGACAACAGAGUGAAGAAGAACAAGAGGAAACUAAUCUGCUGGAUUUUGCUCACUUGCAUCACCGCUGUCGUCAUCGUACUGAUAGUACUAGCUACAGGCGGUACUUUAGGGAACAGCCGGCCUCAACCCGUCGAAGCCACAGGCAGGAAUUUAGAUGGCGGUACUGUCAUUAAAGCGGGCAUAAGCGCGCCGGAAUUCACUGUUAUCGAUCAUUCGCCUUCCAGUAUGAACUCGUCUGGAAAGCCUCCCGAUGAACCGACUACAACCGAAGUUUACGUACCGACAGUACCCAAUGCGGCUGAUGUGGAAUUCGCUAUAGAAAAUAUGUUCUUUUCGGAAGCGUUAAAGGAACCGGGUAGUACCGAAUUCAAAACUCUAGCGUCAUCUUUGGAGAAGUUAUUAAAAAACAACGCCAUCGGUGACAUUUUACACGAAAAAGAAGCCGACGAUGUUUUCCCGGAACUCCGCAUCAGAAUCCUCGAAUUUUCACCGGGCAGUAUCGUCGCCGCAUUCCGCAUGGGCUGGACCAACAACAACACCAUCGACAUGGAAAUCGACACCAAGGCCAUCCGUAACGAUUUCAACGAAUUCUUCGAACGACAAUCCGGCUUCCUCGGGCCGUACCGCGUCAAGCAGUACUCGCUCAAGGUGCGCGCCAUCCGAGAUCUCUGCCAAAUCACGCAACCCUUUUGCAAUUCCAUCUGCCGCUUCGACUACAACGUCCUCAACUUCACCUGCUCGUGCCCGCCCCAGGUCCCGGCGCCCGAGAACAUGACCAAUUGCCUGGUCACCAACGCCGACGACAAGGACGAUCCCUGGUUGAGCGAGGAAAGCGACUUCUCGUCGGAGCAGGAGUACAAAUACGACUACAACGAUCGCUCGUCGGAGCUCCUGACGUUGGAAAACAAGGACUCCUCCACGAGGAAACCGCCUUCCGAAGCCACCACCACCACCACCACCACCACGUCCGGUGAGUUCAUAGCGCACUCCAACACCACCGGCUCGGCGACGAGAUCUUCUACCACCAUCACCACUUCCACCACAACUACCACCAGCGCCUACGUGAUACCCAACGUGCUCUCCACCGAGGAAGCGGCGACGCAACGCGUGGAGUCCUUCAACUUCCCCGUGCACCUGCAGAACGCGCGCGACUACGACUCCCAAACGUCCUCCGAAGAGGAGCUCGCCUCCGACCAGGACAAAAUCGGCGAAUCCGAUUCGGAUUCGUCGGAGAUCGAGGAGUCGAUGGUGCGCGGCCAGGAACCCUACCCGCUCGACCGGGAGAACCUCGAGAAGAAGGAGAGGAAAUCGUUCAUAUUGAUAUCGAGCGGUUCCGGCGCCGACAACAAGAUGAGAAACGAACGUACCGAUAACGUGACGUUCGAGAAGAGCCAGCUGGUGAUGAGGGCGCACUCGCCGAACGGCGAGGACGUCUCCAAGCAGGACUUCUACGUGGACAUGUCGGAGGACGUGCUCGGGCAACAGGACAAAGGCAAUUCCAAGGAGACUUCGUACGAUAUCGGCGUGGUGUACACUCCCGAAGCCGAGGUGCUUACCGAACCGCAAAUGUCCACCACGGAGAGCGCCUUCUUGAAAGUCAGAGUGCACAAGAAGAAACAUCCAUUGAGAGAACCGAAAAUUCAAGAAUUGCAUUACACCAACGAGGAGAUGGAACCGUCCAGCGAUUUCGUGGAGUCCCAAUCGCAGGAAGACUACAUGUCGCCGUUUUUGCCCGAGAUCGAUAACGAUACCUUCGUCAAUUCGUUGGGACCUGAGGAUCAUUCGCACGACAACGCGACCUCGAUCAAACCACCUACAUUGGAAUUUGAUCAAAUCAAUCGCACCAAUCCGUUCGAUACCUCAAACGUGGAGGAUUCUACCCAAGUCGACAUCAAACCGCAGGUGGAUGUUAUUAUUUCAGACGGUACUGUUAAUUCUACUGAGGAAUCCACCACGAUUACGGAGAGUACUACUUUAGAAACCACCACCACAGAAGAUCUAGAUGGAAAUUCAACGCCUGACUCACCUACUACAACAGAUUCCACCACAGAACUUUCCACAACUUUCGUUCCGACAGAAACAACCACAACCGAAAUAAUAGCGAACACCACAACAAUAGAUACAACAACAGAAUCAGAAACCACCACAGUAACAGAAACCACAACAAUAACAGAAACCACAACAUCAACAGAAACCACAACAGCAACGGAAACCACAACAUCAACCGAAUCCACAACAACAACUACAGAAGACACCACAGACAGAAACUCAACGAGUCUGUUCAAUUUCAAAGAAAUCUCCACCAGCACCGAGGAUCUGAUAGCCCUCGAAACCACCACCAACGAUUUGAUCGAUUCCAAAACCAACAAAAGCGACCUUAGCGUAGUACCGUUGGGCGACAGUACCACCCAAGACAGCAACGAAAUCGACAACGAGAUCCUCUUCGACGAAUCCACGACCAAAAGCACAGGAAACCAAUCCUGUCCGUUGGGGCACUUCGAAUGCUCCGGCGGUACUUGCGUGCCCGGUACUUGGAGGUGCGACGGUACCAAAGAUUGCGACGGCGGCGAAGACGAGGAGGCAACGAUUUGUAGUUGUACCGAAGGCGAGUUCAAAUGCAAAAUAGGAGGCGGGUGCGUACCGGAAACGAACGUUUGCGAUGGUACCGCGCAGUGCGCGGACGAAUCCGACGAGUGGAACUGCUUAAAAUUGGACCAUUUAAUCGACGAGAAUAAGAAAAUAUUGCAGGUAUCCGACGGUAACGGUACUUGGUAUCCGAUAUGCAUGGACUGGACAUCUUGGAACACCGCCGUGGCGGAUAGAGUGUGCCAAAAAGUUGGUUAUACAGCUUCGUCUGCGCUGGAAUCGGUACCGAACACAGGAAAUACUAGUACUACAUUUACCUACGUGCUCAAAUAUCCAUCGAACGAUUCCAUUUUGCGUUUCGAAGGAAACAAACUACCCGAUUGCGAUCAAUACGUAUCCAUCAGCUGCCAAGAAUACGUGUGCGGUAGUACUUCGAGCUUGGAAGUACCGGCGGCUAGGAUAGUAGGCGGCGAAAAGGCCUCUCCGGCCCAAUUCUCCAGUGUAGCUCUUCUCUUCGAUAAAAAGAACAAAAUCUACUGCACCGCCACGUUGGUGACGCCUCUAUGGGCUCUAAGCAGCUACUCAUGCUUGGCUCAAACUCCCCAAAUCGCCGCCGACGAUUGGUACCUCUACGCCGGCGGUACUCCCGACGGAGAUAAUUCCACCACGCAAAUCAGGCAGCUCGAACGAAUCGUCACCCAUCCACAAAGUAAAUUAUCGAGUACCGGCUUCUCCAACGACGUGGUACUAUUAAGGCUCGAAAACCCCGUCAAUUUGAACGUCAACGUCAGCGCCAUUUGCCUGCCCACUAGACCCGUCCAGCCCAGGCAAUUGUGCAUCGUAGCCGGAUGGGGAUUGACCGAAAAAUCCGCGGAAUCCGACCAGCACCGGUACCUCCACUACCUGCCGGUACCGCUGAUGGACCUCGACGAGUGCAACUCCACCAAGUACUACGACGGGAAACUCGCGGGCGGGAAAAUCUGCGCCGGUUACACCGACUCCGAUAAAACCCCGUGUUUCAAGGACGAAGGGGCGCCGUUGCUGUGCUACUCGGAGAAGGCCUCGACCUGGGAGCUGUACGGGGUGCUCAGCCACCACGGCGGGUGCGGCUCGACCGGCCUGCCCGCCCUCUACGAGGCCGUCGACGAGCAGACGAGGACCUGGACGAGCAACACCGUCGGCGCGGCGGCCGUGUGAGGAAAAUAUCUCCUCUACACGCUAGGAAAAAUCAACUCGACGGUGCCAUAUGUAGACUUUUUUUUAAUAAAAAACAACCUCCUCCCCCUUUCCGGAGGAGGACAAUUUCGUGAUCGAUACAAAAAAACGAUUCCCCCCUAAAACGCCAAAGGAGCGAUAUAUCGUUGUAAAUAGUGUAUAUUGAAACAUGAAUAAUUGCCUUAUUACCACGUGUACUUAAUUAUUUAAAAAUGUACCUAAUAAAAAAAAUUUACAAUUA